AAUACAAUGGCAACAUUAUUUUAAUGUGAUGGUGCGAAUUGCAUUGAAGCAUUUCUGGAAGUGGCCAUAUCGACUACAGCUUCAAUCAUGGCUAUAAAUGGAUUCCGAAUUAUAUUUAGAGAUCGCAAUAAAUUGUUAUCGAAAUUGAAUAAAAUUAUUUAUGGCAUCUCUAUGAGUUAAUUAAUAUUGCUUAGUGCCUAUUUUAUAUUUUGGGGUAAAUUGGCAAUAAGACUUUAGGAUCUGAUUUUGUGAUUUCAACUAUUAGAUGUCUAAGAAUUUUGAAUGAAAUUUUAUUAUGUACUUUGCUUGCAGAAAUUGGAUUUGAAAAAGAUUUUUUAGAUAAAUUAGAAGUCUUUUUAAAGAUCGUAUGUGGCUUUGUUUUCAUUGAAUGGUUUUGGACUGCAAUUAUAUCAAAUGAAGCAUACGAGUAAUUUAUUAGAUAAAUAUUAAGUUAUUAUUGCUUAAAAAUGGAUUUGGUUUAUUUAUCUGGAACUACAGUGAUUUUAACUCUAUUUGCAUGUGGUUUUGGAUUUUAUGCUCUGGAUUAACUAUAAAUAUCAAAAUAAGAAUUAAAGCCUGCCGAUUAAAAUAAAAUGGAAGAACAAGCAUUAGAAAUUAAAAUCUUUUUGGGCUGCGAUUUGGUAUCUGGUCUAAUUUAAUUUGGAUGGGAUUAUUGGGCGAACAUGAGUGCCUAUACUCUUGAUGAUUGUAAAUCAUAUUACGAGGCCUCAUCUAUUAUUAGUGUAAGAAUUCAAUAUUAAUAAUAAUUAGAUAUUUGUAAUGUUUAUCAUGAAAAUAUUAACGCUAAUGAUAUCGCCAAUGGCUAUUUAUUACAUUCUUUAUUAUAAACAAAGGCUAUAAUUCAAUUAUAGGGCCGCUAAUGUUUUAGAUAUUAAUGUCUUGAUAGAUAGAAGAAGUGAAUUAGUUGUUGAAUUAACAAAUGCUUGA